AUGUCCACCUCUGAGCUCGCUUCUUCCUACGCGGCCCUCAUCCUUGCCGACGAUGGCAUUGAGAUCACCGCCGACAAGCUCCAGUCUCUGAUCAAGGCCGCCAACGUCGAGGUUGAGCCCAUCUGGACCUCCAUCUUCGCCAAGGCUCUCGAGGGCAAGGACGUCAAGGACCUUCUCGUCAACGUCGGCUCCGGUGGCGGUGCCGCCCCCGCUGCUGGUGGUGCUGCCCCUGCCGCCGGCGGUGCUGCCGACGCCCCCGCCGAGGAGGCCAAGGAGGAGGAGAAGGAAGAGUCCGACGAGGAUAUGGGUUUCGGUCUGUUCGACUAA